GGGAGAACGGAAAUCGCAUACCCGCACCCCCGUUCUCCCCUGCGCCAAUUACGUGACCCACCAACGUGACUCUUAAGCCCGCGGCAGACGAUGCUAUUUUUCCUGCUGGAUUACUAGCUGGCGCCUCUGCUGGCAAUCUCGCUAACUUCUAUGCUGGAAAUUGUGUGACCCGCUGGUCACCCUGCUGGCUGAUCUCCUAGAUUUCCGUGAUAGAUCAGGUGCUAUUUUUCUUGCUUAGUUUUAUGCUUGCUCAUUGCAAGAACCAAUCAGAAUGUAGCUUUAGGUAACGUGAUCAAAAUAUUUUCUUUGCAUGAAGGUUAGGUACUUAAGUGAGGUUACAGUACUUAAGUGAACUCAAGCCGUGUCGAUCCUGUCGCUGGAUCGGGAGCCAACACCAAACCAGACCAACAAGUGAACUCAAGUAUCAGCGAGCUCAAGUAUCAUUUGACAGAAAAUAGAAAACACAUGAUGUCCUCCACGUGCAAAAGUGAAAAAAGAAAUGGACAAAGGAAGCUAUUACAACUCUAAUAGAGGCCUACAAAGAAGAGCCAUGUUUAUACGCAAUAAACACACCUAAUUACCACAAUAAACAUAUCCGAAGUGAAGCAUUAAAACAUGUGUGUGCUGCUGUCUUAAUGUUUAGACCAGGAACUACAGAAAGCGAGUGUUCAAUAAAGUUUCAUAACUUGCGGACUCAAUUUAAUAUUGAAAACGCGAAAAUAAAAUCAUCAAUGAAAUCUGGAAUUGGAACUGACGACGUAUACAAACCGAAUCUCUGGUAUUUUAAUAAUUUAAAAUAUUUAGAAGCUUAUUGCACGCCUCGGAAAAGUCGAAAUUCUAUAGAAAAAAAUUCUACAGAACAACUGUUGAUUUCAAAUCAGAAUGAAGAAUUGUCAAAGACUAAACAACUAUCUCAAGUAAAUGAGACAUUUAUGGAUGAAGAAUGGUUAGAAGAUGAAUAUUUUGACAAUUCUGCUGAUAAAUCUAUAGCCGAAUCAACUACAUUUCUUACUAAACCAUCAGAAUCAGUUACAACAGUUAAUGACCAAUUUUCAUCAAUCAGUUCUCAUACUGCAUCUUUGAUUCCUGAUAAAACAUUGCUUUCUAGAAAUAUUUCUCGUCCAUCUCCUUCUAUUAGUCCAGCAAAUUCUAUCAUAUCUUCAUCAGUUAGUACUAGUAGUAAUAGCACACAUUGUCAACUUCCUCCAGUUACAACCACGAAGAAACGUAAAUCAAAUACUGAAGAUACUAUUUAUGCUGGAGCUAUUGAGGCAUUAGCAGAUUCAUUAAAACAACCCAUAAUUUUAAAAUCAAUGGAUGUAUCUAGUAAUUCUUCAAAUACUGUACCAGAUCCCGUGGAUGCCUGUAUGGUAUUUAUAGGAUCGAUAUUAAAACGUUUUAAAAAUGAAAUAUUUAAAUUUGAAAUAAUGAAUACAUUGGUUUGUACGGCUAUAGAAGCUAGUACGAAAGAUGUAACAGAAGUAAGACAAACCUGAUAGAAAUUGUUUUCCUGUUUUUAUUUUUUACUUUGUAUUCAAUUUGAAGAUAUU